AUGGCGUCGGUGAACCCGUUUAAUCUCAGUGAUUCGGAAGAGGAGAGUGAACGUCGACCCAACGAAACAGUUGACACAGAGCGUAGCCCGAGUGACGGGGCACCGGGGCCGCCGCCGCCGGGUAUUCCCUUCUCCCCGUCCGCGGACGCCGUGCCUCCGACUCUGCUCCUGUCCAGCCACCGAACGAGCCCAAACGGGGAGGGCAUCUCUGUCUCUCCCGCGGCCACUGCCGCUAUGGCUGUCAGCGCCGAAUCGCGAGUGUCGGUGGAUGUCAUCGCGGCUCAGCUACUGCGUGAUCAGUACAUCCUUACGGCCCUGGAGUUGCACACAGAGCUGUUGGAGGCAGGAAGGGAGCUCCCUAGGUUGAGGGAUUAUUUCUCCAACCCCGGUAACUUCGAGCGGCAGAGCGGCACUCCACCUGCCAAAGAUCAGGGAACUGGACCUGGUGGACCUUUGAAUCGAGCAGGUAGCAUCAGCACCUUAGACUCCCUGGACUUUGCCCGAUACUCGGAUGAUGGCAAUCGGGAAUCAGACGAACGGGUGGCGGUGCUGGAGUUUGAGCUACGGAAAGCAAAGGAGACCAUUCAGGCUCUGCGCGCCAACUUGACUCAGGCAGCAGAGAACGACGUGCCCUCUCAGGAGAGAAAGAACUUCAAAUCAAGCCCUGAAAUUCAGGAGCCACUACGCCCACUGGAGAAAAGAGCCUUAAACUUCCUUGUGAAUGAAUAUCUGUUGAAAAAUGAGUACAAACUCUCAUCGAUCACCUUCUCAGAUGAAAAUGAUGAUCAGGAUUUUGAGCUGUGGGAUGACGUUGGCCUCAACAUUCCAAAGCCUCCUGAUCUAUUGCAGCUCUACAGAAACUGUGGUUCCUCUCUUCCCCCAACAAAGGAAAUGGUUGACGUAGCGGUAGGAGACGAUUUUGCCGAUAUCACUGGACACUGUACGGCUCAAGAUCCCCCGAGGAAGCCUGACCUUUCGCAGCAGCAACAGGCAGAGGUCGUCCAAGAGUUGGAGUACCAAAUCAGUCUACUCAACAGUGAGAAGGAGAGUCUAGCUGAGCAGAUGAAAAAACUUCAGAGUGAGCUUCAAACAUUGAAGCAGACGGUCUCCUCCCCUCCUCUUGACCGAAGCUCCCAGAAUACAUCUAAUCCCGCAUCCUCUUGCACCGCCGCCAUCACUUCCUCCGCUGACCCACCCUCUGUGCCUUGUGCAGAUAACGGACAGUACCUGGAUAUCCGGCGGGUUUCACAGCCUCAGAGUGAGCCUCCCUCGACGCAGAACACACCGCAAUCACACAAUAAGAUUAAAAGUCGGACACCUGAACAUUUUGAUCAGCCAAACAGGAAAUUAUCCCCGGCAUUCCAGCAAGCCCUGCUAUCCUUCUGCCGAAUGUGCUCAGACAGCCGCCUUGGGGCAGAGGUGUCCCGUAUAGCGGAUAGCGAGGAGAGUGUGAUGUUAAUGCUGGGCCGCUGCCUUCCUCAUAUCGUCCCAAAUGUCCUCCUCGCUAAAAGAGAGAGAAUGGUUGCACAUCUUUGUCAGGAGCUGAUUCCUCUCAUCCUAUGUACCGCCUGCCUUCACCCAGAGUCCAAAGAAAGAGACCAGCUUCUCCACAUCCUUUUUAACUUAAUCAAGAGACCAGAUGAUGAACAGAGACAAAUGAUCCUGACGGGAUGUGUUGCCUUUGCGAGGCAUGUGGGUCCUACACGUGUUGAGGCAGAGCUUCUUCCUCAAUGCUGGGAGCAGAUUAACCACAAAUAUCCAGAGAGAAGACUUCUUGUGGCGGAGUCUUGUGGAGCCUUAGCACCAUAUUUUCCUAAGGAGAUCCGAAGUUCGCUCGUGUUGUCCAUGUUGCAGCAAAUGCUUGCAGAGGACAAGGCCGACAUGGUCCGAGAAGCUGUGGUCAAGAGUCUUGGGAUUAUCAUGGGUUACAUUGAUGAUGUUGACAAAUACUCCCAGGGUUUUGAGCUGAUGGUGCUGUCACUUAGCGAUCCUUCAGAGCGGGUAGUCAGUGCUGUCCACCAGGUCUUCAUCCCCGCAUUUGCUGCCUGGACAAUGGAAUUAGGAACACUUUACACUUCGCUCAUCCCUUCUCUCUUGGCACGUAUUGAGAAGCUCUUCAUGCAGGGGGAGCAUGGCCUGGAUGAGUACAAGCUGCAUGUGUUCCUAUCAGCACUGCAGAGUCUGAUCCCUCCACUUUUUGCUGUGGUGCUGCAAAAUGCGCCGUUCACCAGCCGAGCCAAACUCCACGGCGACAUACCUGCAAUAGAAGUGACUCGCUUCCCGAGACCGGCUUCUCCCCUUCAGGAUGUGGCCACCAUCAUCGGUAGCAGGGAGAUGCUGAGCGCCCUCUUGCUUCUCUACGACCACCAACUGGAGCAUGAAGGGACCACUGGAUGGGAAAGCCUACUUUGGGUGGUCAACCAGCUGCUUCCUCAGAUUAUAGAGAUUGUGGGUCGCAUCAACGUUGCUUCUUCCACCUGCGUUCAUGAGUUCUCUCGCUUCUUUUGGAGGUUCUGUCGAACCUUUGGCAAAAUCUUUACCAACACGAAGGUCAAACCUCAAUUCCAAGAGAUACUUCGUUUGUCUGAAGAGAAUGUUGAUGCUUUAUCUGGAAAUGGCAUUCUUACUAAAGCCACCGUCCCCAUCUAUGCCACAGGAGUACUGACCUGUUAUAACCAGGAGGAGGAUCGAAAGUUGUUAGUGGGUUUCUUAGAGGAUGUUAUGACAACCCUGUCUUUGUCCCACGCACCUCUUGACAGCUUGAAAGCUUCUUUUGUAGAGCUGGGUGCUAAUCCAGUAUACCAUGAGUUACUACUCACUGUUCUUUGGUACGGAGUAGUACACACCUCUGCAUUGGUCCGAUGCACCUCAGCGCGGAUGUUUGAGCUGCUGGUGAAGGGGGUGAAUGAGACGCUGGUCGCUCAGAGAGUGGUUCCUGCUCUCAUCACACUGUCUUCCGACCCUGAAAUCUCUGUGAGGAUAUCCACAAUUCCUGCCUUUGGUACCAUCAUGGAGACGGUGACACAGAAAGAGCUGCUGGAGCGUGUCAAGAUGCAGCUGGCAUCCUUCCUGGAGGACCCUCAGUAUCAAGAUCAGCACUCUUUGCACAUGGAGAUCAUCAGGACGUUCGGACGCGUCGGACCCAACGCCGAGCCUCGCUUCAGAGACGAAUUCGUACUGCCGCACCUGCACAAACUGGCGCAGGCUAACAACAGCCAAACGGUGGAUAGCAAGAGGAUUGACAUUGCCACCCAGCUGUUUGAGGCCUACAGCGCCCUCUCCUGCUGUUUCAUAUCCGAGGAGGUGAUGAUCAACCACUUCCUGCCGGGCCUUAGGUGUCUCCGGGCCGACAUGGAGCAGCUCUCGCCAGAGCACGAGGUGAUUCUGAGCUCCAUGGUCAAAGAGUGUGAGAUCAAGGUGGAAAACAGAGGAAUGGGAGAUGCACAAGGCUCCGUGUCUAUUGCAUCCACGUUGGUGGGCGAGGAUGCCAAGACCAAGUUCCUGAGCAAGAUGGGUCAGCUGACUACGUCGGGCGCCAUGCUGGCCAACGUUUUCCAGAGAAAGAAGUGAAUGCCACGCUCCUUAACCGCAACAUCUGAUGACCGUCCCCCGUCUGCUAUUGCUCCACGUAGAUGACCAAUCAAAUGUAACGUGCACUUUUAACAGAUGGACGGAUAGCGUUGACUUGCUUUCUUUCUCAGUCAGUGUUCGUUUGACAUCUUAGUUUACAAAAAGAAACACAGCAGAGGGUACAAGUUUAGCAUUCCAUAAGAAGCGGGACAUCUUUCCUGGACAUUUCAGGAUGUGAGGGCAUCGUUGGAACGCAAUGAACGUGUUUUCAUCGGAGGAGGAAGCAAACAGUACCUGCACGGUGGUCACCUCUGAUUUUUAGCAGGUGCCAUUUUGGAGCUAACAAUGGACAGUCAAUGAUAUGUCUAUGUCUAAGCAAAACGAAAGGCUUCGAUCCUUAAAGUGACUACAAAUGUGUGUGUGUGUGCGUGCGUGCGCGGAUGCGGUUCCGAAACAUCGCCUACUUGAAAUUCAAAAUAAUGGUCUUGCCUUUGUUUGCUCAAAAGUCUGUCUCUGCUGUCCAUUUUGAUAGCUUCUAUUUUAUAACUUAUUUAUAUCUUAUUGAAGGAAAACACACUUUAUUUCUAACUUCCAAAGACAUUUGCACUUCAUUAUUUUGUUCCUAAAUAUCGUUGUUCUUAUGCAUGUUCAAAACGGUCACUACUGUUGUGUUAAUUUUUUUUUUUUUUUAUGCUUCGAUUGAGUUUGGGUCCAUUGCGUCCACUCUUUCUGAUUGAAUAGUGGAUAUUUGAUUCAGUUUUUUGGGGGAGAGGAAAGCUUGGAGGAAAACGUAAAUAACUAUCGUACAUUGAACUGAGUGGUCGGUACUUGUGUAUAUUUGGAAUCUGUGUCAUGGUGUAAUAAAAGAUCGUUUGUGUAUUUACA